ACUGACCAAUCGCUGCGUGGAAGAGGCGUUUCCUUUGCUAUUUAUUCUACUGUUGAGGAGCAGCCUGGGCUCGUCUGACGCAGAUCACGUCUCUCCGGUCAGUUCUCAAGGAGUCGUCAAGGAUUUGUUUGUAGAAAUGGCGAACAACGUCCCACGUGAGCCGGAGCAGCUUCGCAAGCUGUUCAUUGGAGGUUUGAGCUUCGAGACCACAGAUGAAAGCCUGCGGGCUCACUUUGAGCAAUGGGGGGGGCUUACAGAUUGUGUGGUCAUGAGGGAUCCCAACAGCAAGAGAUCCAGGGGCUUUGGAUUUGUCACAUACUCAUCAGUUGAUGAAGUUGAUGGUGCCAUGUCUGCCCGCCCUCAUAAGGUUGAUGGGAGAGUUGUUGAACCUAAACGAGCCGUUUCCAGGGAGGACUCAAACAGGCCAGGUGCCCAUGUCACAGUGAAAAAGAUCUUUGUUGGGGGCAUCAAGGAGGAUACAGAGGAGUCGCACCUGCGAGACUACUUCACACAAUUUGGCAAGAUUGAGGUCAUUGACAUCAUGACUGACCGUAAUACAGGAAAGAAGAGGGGCUUUGCCUUUGUGACCUUCGAUGAUCACGAUUCAGUCGACAGGAUUGUCAUCCAGAAAUAUCACACAAUCAACUCCCACAACUGUGAAGUCAGGAAGGCCCUCACAAGACAGGAAAUGCAGACUGCAGGAAUGGGAAUGAGAGGCCGCAGCACUGGUGGAAGGCCCUAUGACUGUGACAGAUUCAGUCAGGGUGGCAGAGGCAGAUAUGAUGAUGGUCCUUACAACUGUAAUGGGGGUGGUGGCUAUGGAGGUGGUCCCGGCGGUCCUGGUGGAUACAAUAAUGGCGGUGGCGGCGGCGGCAACCGAGGGUAUAACCAGGGUGGCUACAACCAGGGUGGUGGAGGCGGCGGAGGCUAUGGUGGAAAUGGCUAUGACGCCAACGGCUAUGGCAACUGUGGUGGUGGUGGUGGCGGCGGUGGCAAUAACUACAACAACAUGGGCCACUACGAUCCACAGGCCUCCAACUUUGGCCCAAUGAAGAACAACUAUGGUGGUGGUGGUGGCGGUGUUGGCAGGAACUUUGGUGGCGGCUACGGAGGUGGCUCCAACAGUGGUGGAUAUGGCCGUCAAGCACGGUUUUGAAAUGUGAAUUGGACUGAGUACUUAGAGGAGAGCAAGGAGAGGAGAGCAAGCGAAGUGACAGGGCAGCUGCAGGUUUACCUCCUAAAUCUGCUCAGCCAAACAGUUGUGGCAGGUUACAGCUGCUGCAAGAAGAGAUGUACAGUAGAUAAAUCAUGGAGGGUCUUCAUUUAAAAGUUUUGUGUUUUUUCAUCUAAAUGUGUUUCUGGAAAGCAAGCAUUCCAAUGAGGUUUUUAUGUAGUUUUUUUUUCCUGGUUUUUAUUUGUAACUGCAACCAAUCAAGCUGAAAUAAACCAUCUUUCAGUUUUUUUAAAGUCGUUAGCCUCUUGAGUGGUUUGGGAAAGGGAGGGUUCACUAUUAGGUGAACAACGUGGGAUGAGGGACAUAUUAUACACGUGAGGAGCCAAACAAACAAUUGUGAUGUGAGAAGAGACAUACCACAUACACAAUGAGUCAUAAGUUGAUGCAUUUACAAUACCGACUGAGGAAUGGGAAGUGGUGCACAAAUGCCUCGUCAGAAAGAGCUCACCACUUGGUACAGACUACCCUGAGUUCUGCAAAGAUCAACUGGAGGAUGCUAGCUUACAUGCAAAGUCUUUGAGGCUAGUCAUGGAAGCCAGCUGAGGGAGAGAAGUAGCAAAACCACCGCCAGGAUCAUUGAAGCAGGGGAGAGUGAGAACAGAUGCCUGAGGCUAGCAGGCAGCAGCUACCAAAAGGCUUAAGUGCUGUCAGUAGGAAAGUCCCUACACGGUCUCCAAAGCCUGAGUUCCAUUUCAGCAUUCCAGUCACAAUGGCUCAAUCGGCUUCCUGAACAAUCAUGCUGAUGGUGAAGACUUUUAUACUUUUUUACUGAAGACUGCUGUGCAGUGUUUUUAGUUUUUUAAUAAAGUAUUUUUUAUAAGGCA